GGUAGCCGUUGAGGUAGGUCUCGGUGUAAGUCGAAGGGAGCUAAAUAGCAUGGCAAUGUGUGUAGAUAGACUAUUGCCGAUCCUCGGUACAUUCACGAACAACAUCUGCAUUGGCCGCGAAAACCCUCACGUCGGUCCGGCCAUAUCCACCAAACCGCAGAAUCUCCGGCGACCCGACUCAACACACCACCGGCCCGGAGCAAAAAGACACCUGAAGAUCCGCCCCGUUCACGAACAUUCACCAAACGUAGUAAACGGGUUCCGGCUUAAUCUGUCCUCCGCUUCGCCUAUGUCCACCGUUAACUCCAUGUAGCUGAGAUGGGUGGUUGUGAUUGGCCGACGGCGGUAUUGCUUGUCUCCGAACGGCGAGGUGGGGCGCUCGCGGCGCAAUAACGUCAGGGAAGUUGUGAUUUUGACGAGACGUACCAAGGCAUAUAUAUAUACCCAAGGCAUAAACCAUAUAAAUACUUGGGUGAAGGCACAGCCCAAAGAGUACCGAGUACAGCAAUUGCGAAGCAUUCAGCUCUUCACUACCCGCACGAGAGCACUGAACGAACUCAGGCAUCAAGACAUAAUGGUCAAUCUCGCAGGCAAGGAAGUAGGAGACAUUGGGUACGGCCUCAUGGGUGGGUUUUCAGUCACGACAAGUUACCUUCCUGGGCUAGGACUGAUGGAGUGAGCAGGCCUGACAUGGCGGGCAAAUCCACCUCCACAAGAGCAAACCUAUGAAUCAAU